UCGCCUGUUUGCGAUAUUAUUUAUUUGUUAAUUUAAAAGAGAGAGAAAAAGAAAAAAAGAAUCUUUCGACAAUUUCUGAGAAUCCGUUACAGACAAGACGCUCCAGCUGCAGAUCGGCUCACAGGGAGCUUGCUGACCGAUCUUCCUACUGAUCAACGGCGACACGAAACCAAAGGGUUUCUGAUGUAAAUGCGAGUUUUUGACAGAGUGCAUUUGCGUUGAUGCGUGUGGCUGAUCAGAGUGUAGAAUGUCAGGCCCGCUGGAUCGGUUCGCCAGGCCUUGUUUUGAAGGAUUUUAUGGUAGUGAUGAGAGAAGAGAGAGGAAGUCUGACUUUGAGAACUCCGAGGAUGAACGCAGGACUAGAAUUGGGACUCUGAAGAAGAAGGCGAUAAACGCAUCUACCAAAUUCAAACAUUCUCUCAAGAAAAAGGGCAGUAGGAGAAAAAGUGAUGGCCGAGUCAGCUCUGUUUCCAUUGAAGAUGUUCGUGAUGCUGAAGAGCUGCAGGCUGUUGAUGCCUUUCGACAAGCGCUAAUUAUGGACGAAUUGCUGCCCGUGAAGCAUGAUGAUUAUCAUAUGAUGUUGAGGUUCUUGAAAGCAAGGAAAUUUGAUGUUGAAAAAGCAAAGCAUAUGUGGGCUGAUAUGCUUCAAUGGAGAAAGGAGUUCAGUGCCGACACUAUUAUGGAGGAUUUUGAGUUUAAAGAGUUGAAUGAAGUUCUAAAAUAUUACCCUCAUGGGCAUCAUGGCGUGGAUAAGGAGGGAAGACCGGUUUACAUUGAAAGGUUGGGUAAAGUAGAUCCCAACAAACUAAUGCAGGUUACCACUAUGGAUCGGUAUGUGAAAUACCAUGUUCAGGAGUUUGAGAAAAGCUUUGCAAUAAAGUUUCCAGCUUGCACCAUUGCUGCGAAGAGGCACAUAGAUUCAAGCACUACAAUUUUAGAUGUUCAAGGCGUGGGCUUCAAGAAUUUUACAAAGUCUGCGCGAGAUUUAAUUACGCGGUUGCAGAAUGUUGAUGGUAACAAUUACCCUGAGACCCUGUGGCAAAUGUUCAUCAUUAACGCUGGUCCUGGAUUUAGGCUUCUGUGGAACACUGUAAAGACUUUUCUCGAUCCUAGAACAACAUCAAAGAUUCAUGUUCUUGGAAACAAAUACCAGAACAAGUUGCUUGAGAUAAUAGAUGCCAGUGAGUUGCCAGAGUUUCUGGGCGGCAGCUGUACCUGUGCAGAUCAGGGAGGUUGCCUUCGAUCUGAUAAGGGGCCAUGGAAAAACCCUGAGAUACUGAAGAUGGUUCUUAAUGGUGAAGCACGACGUGCAAGGCAAGUUGUUAAAGUUCUAAACAGUGAAGGGAAGGUUCUUGCUUAUGCUAAGCCACACUAUCCAAUGCAGGUAAAGGGUAGUGAUACAUCCACUGCUGAGUCAGGAUCUGAAGCGGAAGAUAUUGCAUCCCCAAAAGCUUUGAAGAAUUAUUCACAUCUUCGAUUGACUCCUGUUCGUGAAGAGGCUAAGGUCAUUGGCAAGGCAAACUGUGCAGGUAGCUUCUCGGGUUAUGAUGAAUAUGUUCCUAUGGUUGACAAAGCUGUUGAUGCUGGUUGGAAAAAGCAAGUGGCCCUCCAGAGAAUCCAUGCUGCCAAAGGGACACUUCAACAACCUGACAUCCCCACAAAUCCAGAAGGAAUUCGAGGUCGGGUUUUGGUAGCACUUAUGGCCUUCUUCCUGACUUUUCUCACUCUCUUCCGCUCAGUGGCUUCCCGAGUAACUAAGAAGCUUCCUAACGCAUUGGAUAAUCACGAUCAAAGUAUUCCCAAACCUGCUUUUGAUGCAACAAACAAAGAAGAGGGCCGUCCUCCUUCACCAACAGCACCAUUUACAGGGGCAGAUCUUCUACCCUCUGUACUGAAAAAGCUAGUGGAGCUUGAGGAGAAGGUUGACAUGCUCCAAGCUAAACCGUCUGAGAUGCCUUAUGAGAAAGAGGAAUUGCUGAAUGCUGCUGUUUGUCGUGUGGAUGCCUUGGAAGCAGAGUUAAUUGCUACUAAAAAGGCUCUACAUGAAGCUUUAAUGAGGCAAGAAGAGUUGUUGGCUUAUAUCGACCGGCAAGAAGAAGCCAAGCUCCAGAAAAAGAAGUUUUUGUGCUGGUAGAAGUGUUGCCUGAUGGAGAGAGACUCUACCGAAAACGGGAUUUGCUAAGCUGUUUCUCGAAGAUG